UUUGCUGAGAGGGUUAACUAGUGUUUUGUGCUUGAUAAAAAUGAAGUCUGUACUCCUGAUUGCAAUUAUCGUGGCCCUGGCCAGCUGUCAAGGUGCAGAAGUCGCCGAACCUUUGGCAGUUCAAGAUCGCUCCUUUUCCAGCGUGAUUCUGGAUGCCGUGGAGGCCUUUAGAGUAGUCCUCCAAAAUGGAAGCCCGAAAUAUGGAGUUCCUGUGAUGGCCCCCAUGACGGCCGCGCAAAGGUCGUUUGAAUUCAAUACGGGAGAGUUCAGUGGUACUUUCGGUGUGGAGGACUUUGUUCUGCAGGGACUCGAUCAGUACGAGGUUAAGACAAUGAACAUGGACGUGAUCAGGAGUCGCCUGACCUUCGAGUUUGAUUUCCCCAGCGUUAACUUCACCACCAAUUAUGAGAUGGAAAUGGGCAGUGGUUAUCGUGUUAAGCGCAAUGGCGGAGCCUUCUUUGCCCUUGAGAACCUCAACAUUCGUGGCAGGAUCAGCUAUUCCCUGGGUGUGUUCACAUCAAAGCUCCGUGUGAAGGACGUGCUGAUUUACCCGUCGGUGGGCAAUGUCAACUCGCAGAUCGAGAACCUGUCCAAGUACCGCAUCUUCAACAAGAAACUAAACGAGGUCAUCGAGGAGUUUGUCACCCUGACGAUCAACGACAGCACCGACUUUGUCGCCGAGUGGGUCAGCGAGCAGGUCACUCCCAUUUGCAACGAUCUCAUCGGGGAUCGUACUCUGAGUGAUAUCAUUGCCAUUAUCACGGGAGGAUUCUAAAUAUCCGCAAUAAAAUCGAUCAAAUUUUCCAACUAAAA